GGUGGCCUGGAGAAGGACCUGGCAAGACCAGACUGCCGGGUUCCCAGCCUCUAUAAAAUGGGGUGUGUGGGGCGCCUCAGCAGCUGCCCCACCAUGACCUCCUGGGCCCUCCUUCUCCUUGCCUCGGCGCUCCUGGGCACCCCAGGUCUGACCUUUUCUGGUCUGAACCCUGAGCGCUAUGACCUGGCGACAGCCCACCUGUGUGAUGGAGAGCAGUUCUGCCAGGGCCUGGCUCAGGAGGGCUCCCAGGGUGACCUGCUGACUGAAAGAGAGAGGAUAGGCAUCUUCUGUGGGCAUUGUCGGAAGAUAGUCCAGAAGCUGGAGGAGAUGGUGGGAAACCAGCCCACUGAGGCCACUGUCACCGAGGCUGCGUCCCGGGUGUGCAGCAAGAUGCACCGUUUGCUGAGAGGCGCCUGCAAGGUGAUCAUGAGAACAUGUCUUCGUCGCAUCUCCUGGGACAUCGUAGCUGGCAAGAAGCCCCAGGCAAUCUGUGUGGAUGUCGGGAUAUGCAAACCUCAAGCAGGUCUCAUCUGAUCCUCUGGUCCCGCCCGGAGGAAGAAGUACAGAAACUCCAGCAGCCUCCACUGGCCUCUCCCUUCCUCAGUCCAGAGUCUACCCUCCAGUCUCUCUCACCUAGCUCCCUCCACUGCCUUCGCCUCUCAGAAGAAUAAAACAUCAUGGAAGCUUUUA